AUGGAUCUUCAACACAAUAAUUUAGCCAAUACCUUAAAAAACUUUAUAUUCCAUUUUGUUCUUUUUAGUUUUAUUCUUUCAUUAUUAUAUAAUUUUACUGUUUAUGGACAAUUACAAUAUCGUAAUAUAUAUUCGAGUAGCAGAAAUGAUCUACCUGGUUAUAACGAUGUGAGAUCAACUUAUGAUGGUAGUCUCUCAGUUAUGCUCAAGGACAAUGACAAUCAGUACAAAUCCAUUCAUACACUAUUACCAAACGGAUCUACAAUAGAUAUCGACCUUAAGUUUUUGCGUAAAAAUGUGACAAGAAUAUUUCCUUUAACUAUGCAAUAUUAUUUUCUACUUUAUGAUCAAAAUUUUGAUGGCAGCAUGCAAGUUACUGGGAUAGUUUUAGACUACAACAAAAAAAUUUUAAAAGAUAAUCUUUUUGUAGCAAAUGGAACUACUAAUAAAUAUAACGGAAUUACUUUGAAUCUUAUCAUGGAUACUCAAUUGUCAUCCUUCUUAAUCUAUAACAUAAAUAAAGCAUUAGUUUAUUGGAUCACAUAUAACUUACCGCAAAUAAGUGAUCCAAAUAUCUACGCAACAAAUUAUGGUAAUUUUAACUUGGAUACCUUUAGCUUUAAAACUGUAUUUCCAAUGAUUGAUGGAAAUUAUGGGUUUAUUAUUGAAAAUCAAGAACAUAUGACCAUUUUGAAUGAAUCUAUGACAAAUAUAUUCAUAUAUUAUAAGUAUUUAAAUUCAAAAACUAGUAAAAUUUCCGAAAAUUCUUUACUUUAUCAUGCAAGAAAUGUUAGUGAAAUAUCAAACAUUUCAUGCUCGUCAGAUUAUAGUGAAUAUGGAAAUGUAUGCAUGAUUACUGAACCAACUGAAAAAUUUGCCAAUUAUACACUGUUUAUGAUAUAUCAAAUAAAUUUUUUAUCAUCUGGUUCCGUAAUUAAAUUUACCACAAUAAAAAAUAAUACAAAUAAUAACGAUUUAUAUUUUGAUAUUCAUCCUUCAUUUUUUGGUGGAUCGAUUGUAACUAGUUGGACAUCGACGCCUCAAACACGUACAAAAAUUCCCAGCGUAAUACCGAUAAGUCCAUCAAAUAAUUAUGCAGAUAUGACUGGAAGUGUUAUUAUGCUUAAUGGCACUGAAAUAACAUGGAGCUUAACUCAAUUGAAUCAAUUUAACCAGAGCAAAUCAGUCUUUCAGGGUGCAGUGUUUGAUUUAAUGAAAAAUAAUACAUAUAUAUUAUAUGUAAGGUAUUCUGCAAAUGAAUGGGAUAUUUUUAGUAUGGAUUUGCCAAAGUCUAGAAAUGAUAGGGGCUAUGACAAUCCGAAUAUUAUUUCAACUUAUCCCAAAAUCAACGAUAAUACUAUUAUACCAGAAAGUAUCCAUAAUAUCAACAUAAUUUUUUCGAGCAACAUUUCUAUGUCCUUGAAUAAUAUUACCAUUUAUCAACUUGAUACGAGCAACAAUCAAUUAAAUUUCAGAAAAUUUUAUUCUGGGAAUUCAGAUUGUUAUAUUUCAUUUAGUAGAAAUCUUUCUUGUAGUGUCACUUCAAGUAUUUUUAACCAAUGGAAUACCACAUACGUAAUUGUGAUGGAUAAUAACUUUGUUAUGUUUUCCGCAACAAAUGAGCCUAUGUAUGGUAUUGAAGCAUAUCGAUGGAAUUUUACAACAAUUCCAUGUGAUUCGAAAAGUAAUAAAGAAUUAUAUUCAGGUACUAUACGAUUAACUCUUAAAGAUAAUAUAAAAAAUGAUUCAUUAUCAGAAAUUUUUGGCAAUGUGACAAGAGAACUUGUAGAAAGUAUUCCUAUAAAUCCACCAAAUAGACUACAGUAUACAAAUCGAUAUCAAUAUCAAUAUGAUUCAUCAACAUCACUUCCUCAAUAUACAAUACAAUUAAAAAUUUUACCAACUCAAGAUCCUUGUCAAGCUAGCACUUCUCAAAUCAUUAACAAUUUAAAUGAAUUAAUAAAUGAUACAAAUUCGUUAAUAUAUAAAAAUAAUUACACAAAAUAUUUGAACUCAUCAUACGGAUUUAGGGUGAACAUAAAUUUUUGGGAUGAUAUUAAAUUCAAAUUACUUGGAUUGUUAAUUGGAUCCAUAAUUCUAGGCCUUGUUAUAUUAUGUGCCAGUCGUAAAUAUCCGGAGGGACAAAACUUUAUGAUAUUUAGCGCAGCAAUUAUCUUGCUUGACUUAGUUAUGGAUAUUUUGUUUAUUGUAAAAAAUGGAAAAGAAGUUUCACAACUGGAUCUUUAUAUUCCCAGUAAAUCUCCAAAUCCUUCACAAUAUCCACCACCACAACACGAGAAUCUCAAUACUAAAUUAGUUAUUGGAAUUAUUAUCAGUACAUUGGUUGGAAUUUUAUCUCUUAUGCUUUUAUUGUAUAAG